GUGACCAAUACAAAUAACACAACUUCAUUUUAUAGUCAAAACUCAAAACUCCCAAGCUUUUAAUUAACCAAGUCUUUUCGAAGGUGUCAAAGCAUGUAGGCUCAUAAUGCUUCUGUUGCUCUUCUCUGAUUUCAACUUCUCUUAUAUAUAAGGUAUAAGUUCUAAGGGAGAGAACACGCUCUGCAUAGUUACUUUCAGCUCCCACAGAGUGUCAGAAAUGGGGUCACUUUGGUUUCUGGGUUUAUACCUUCUGCUUGUGUCGGUAUCCAGCUCAACGGCCCAUGUAUUUCAAGAGAAAGACUCGUUCGAACUGUCUAUUUAUCAUGUGAAAACCAAUGAUUCAUCUCUCAACCCAAAAUCCCAUUUCGAAGAUAUAGUAUCAAACGACAAUGAACGCCUCAAAACGCUCUACUAUAUGCUAUCACAAAACAACACAAAUACUAUGACUUCUUCUUCAUUCUCCACCUAUUCUCAUAAUCCAAAAGAUCUCAAAUCCGUUAGCGUGACAUUGAACUCGGGUAUGUCAAUCGGGUCGGGUAAUUACUAUGUAAAAGUGGGCCUUGGAAGCCCACCCAAGUACUACUCCAUGAUCAUCGACACAGGUAGCUCCUUCUCCUGGCUUCAAUGCCAACCUUGCACCAUCUACUGCCAUAACCAAGUGGAGCCCGUUUUCGACCCAAAGGCAUCCAAAACCUAUAGACACCUCUCGUGCCGGAGCCCCGAAUGCUCGUCGCUCAAGCAGGCGACCCUCAACGACCCCUUUUGCGACGCUGGCUCAAAUUGUCUCUACACAACCAGCUAUGGAGACGGGUCGUUCUCAAUUGGAUAUCUCAGUCAAGACCGUCUCACCAUAACCCCGACCCAGAUUCUGCCCAGCUUCGUUUACGGGUGCGGGCAAGAUAACCAAGGCCUGUUCGGGAGAGCCGCCGGGAUUCUAGGCCUUGCCCGGAACAAGCUCUCGUUGAUAAACCAGGUUUCGGCCAAGUACGGAUACGCUUUCUCGUACUGUCUUCCUUCGUUUGAAGGCGGCCAAGGUGGCGUCUUGUCGAUCGGAACAACGGCAGUUUCAUCACCAGCUUUUAAGUACACCCCCAUGGUGGCCAGUGCUAAGAUUCCCAGUUUGUAUUUUCUGAAAUUAACGGCUAUAACGGUCGGAAUGAAGCCAUUGGGAGUGGCUGCUACAAGUUACAGAGUGCUUUGUAUUAUAGACUCCGGUACCGUCAUCACUCGCUUGCCGACUCCUUUGUACACUGCUUUAAGUAAAGCUUUUGCUGCAAUAGUAUCGACCAAGUUCGCCAAGGCUCCAGCUAUUUCGAUAUUGGAUACUUGUUUCAAAGGGAGCCCGAGCGCCGUUUCUGCAGCGGUGCCACAGAUUCAGCUUCUGUUUCAAGGCGGAGCUGGUCUCAAACUGGGACCUAAAAAUUCGAUCUUAGAAGCCGAAAAGGGUGUCAGUUGUUUGGCUUUUGCACAAAGUAACGACUAUGUCAUCAUUGGAAACCGACAGCAGCAAACUUAUAAGGUGGCCUAUGAUGUUGCCAAAUCCCGAAUUGGGUUCGCCCCCGGCGGCUGCCGAUGAACAUUGACAGAUUAUUACUAGUUGACUUGGUGAUUUUUUGUUGGAUCGGUAUUAAGGAUCCAGAUGAUAUAGAUACAACUAUAUUUAUAUGUGCAUGCAUGGUAUAUGUUGAUAUGUUGUAUGUGAAAUAAGAAGAUUAUGAUUAAGUAAAUGUAAACGUACGUAUACGUGUAAAGCUAAGUUUAUAUGUGGUAAUUAUAUGUUGGAGUUUAUACA